UCGAGCCUAAGAAGUGUAUACCAAUUAAAUAUUUAAACGACAUCCGUUUGAAUAAAGAAAAAGUUUGUAGUUAUGAAGUGGUACAUCGUUUCUUGGGUUUUGCUUUUUGCACAAAUCCUAACGCAAUUGUCAACAGUGGAAAGUGCCAGACAACGACAUCGUCACCGUCACCGAGUCUACAAGCAACGGUUUGAUUUGAACGAUGUGGGCUUUGACUUGAAUUAUCGAAACAACAUUUUACUCGAGUUUGAGAAAGAUCUGAACACUCUUACGGACGGACUUACAAUUAAGAAAGAUGUUUUAGAAACGACUACAAACAAUGUUACUUUUCCAAAAGUUCAGGAUUUCGCUUCAGUUUUAAAAACACAGCAACAUCUAUUAACUGAAAUCCCAAACAACAGUAAUGAAUACAAAAAUUUGGAAAUCAAAGUGGUGGACUCCAUAUCACGAACGCUAAACUUUUACUAUUCUCAGUUGGAUGAUAUUAAAGAAGGAGAUUCCUCACUUUCACUGGAAAUUCUAAAAGAUAUUGACGCUAAGCAUGGAAAAUUUUUCCAGCAAAACUUUCCGUUGAAGCAAAUGAUUCAAAGUGCUAGCAAUUCUGGACAAGAAUUGGACAAGUUGAUGGUACGCCAAUGGAAAAUUCGAACAGCCAAAGCGAACACGAAUUAUUGGAAACCUGCGUUGGUUUUGCAAAACUAUCUGAAUCAAAUUGACGAUGCGACUCUGGACAAUAUUGGUAACGAGAAAGAAGGACUGUGGGGAAAAGUGAAUAGUGAAUGUCAGGAUGCUAUUGUAAGCAGAUGUGAAAUUCCGUACAUCUGUGAACGAACACUGCUGGAUCGUACGCCGAGAUCACAGUAUCUUCUUACGCAUCAGAUAUUUCAACGACUAUUGAUUGACAAUGCAAAUUGCCCGAAUUUACAACCAUUUAUUUCUGACGAUGAUAUCUACGCAAAACUGUGUACCAAAGCAUAUUUGGAAGCCCAAUAUUUGGAUUUACUGGACGUGCCUAUAAAUCAACGUGAUUUGUUUGCGGAGUUGGUUGGCCUUUGUGGCUACUUAGGAUACACAAACUUUUUACGAGUGGAUUGGCUCCAUCGAAUUCUAUCGUGGCAGAGUGAAUCUGAUUCGGGUUGCUACAUUGUAGAUCCGGAUACACCUGUCGGAUUGAUCAGCACUGACAUGCCAUUCAAACGAACAGCUACGAAGAAAGAAUUGCAAAAUGGUAUUGUGGAUACAAACGAAGAAUGUUUACCACAUUUGACUGCAGUUGCUUUGACGGCCAUUACAACGUUUUGGGACUACUUACAAAGUAAUCAAGUACGAUAUGGCGACCAUUUGGAAUUGUAAAAAAAAUAAAAAUUUUUGGAUCGGAUUGGGA